AUGGACGCCCGGAUUUCGAUAGUCCUGUGGUUGAUGAUGCCUUUCAUGCCGGAGGCUGGCAUGGUGAUUGGCAAAGUGUUGGAGGAGAGCGAUCGCAGUGAUGCCGCAAAGGUGAGUUUCCUGAGCGAUGCCGAAAAGGUGACAACGAUCAAUGGUUCGCCUUGUCAGGAGAGAGAUUUCAGUAAAGCCGCAAAGGCGAGUGCUCUUAGCGAUGCCGAGCAGGCUGAACCAGGCCUCCAUGGAAUUAAAAACAGCGGCAACGUAUGCUACCUGAUCAGCAUACUGCAAGCGCUGGCGCAUCUUCGUGCAAUGUGGAGAAACGUGCUGGCAUUCACCUGCGCCUCGCCCAAGAAGAAGCUUUCCUUUGAAUAUGGCAAGUUUCAGGAGGCCCUGUGGAGUACAGAUCUCCGCUUGCCUCCCGACCCAGCUGACCUGGCGAAAUUGCUCGGACUGCAACCGAAGGUGCAGCAAGAUGCUCAGGAAGCACUUCAUGGAUUGCUAGAUGGGUUGAUGGAGGAGCAGGGUGGGUGGUUCCAAGAAGCUUUCCAGGUGGCGACAUCCUCUUCAGUCAAGUGCGCAUCUUGUCAUCACGGUGCAGAAGAGGUCAUCGAACCCUUCACGAGGAUUGUGGUGCCUGUCUGGGAAAGUCACACGCAGCUGCAAGAUGGACUCAACCAGUGGGCUGCUCCCGAUGUCAUCCAGGAUUCGAGGUGCACUCUUUGUGGGGAAGCGAAGAGCCAGACGACAAGGCUUUCUAUGUUGCCGGAGGUGUUGAUCUUGCAGCUCGCCCGCUUUGCCUAUUGCAAAGAUAUGGGCGUGCAGAAGAAAGAGAGGGCUAUCCAGCUACCCCUUGCGUUGGAUGUUGAUCCGUGGAUGGCAAGGGGUUGCGAGGGCGCCCGCUACUCGCUGGCAUCUGUUGUGAGCCAUCAUGGCCCAGUUCCAGAUGCUGGUCACUACUCAAGCACGGUCUUGGUGGACACAAAUUGGUACACUUUCAAUGAUGACGUGGUCACAAGAACUGAAGCGCCAACGCACGGCGACGAGGCUUACAUACUGUUCUACGUCCGCGAGCCUGCUCAGGUGUCACUGUCGCCCGAGAAGGAAAAGCCUCGGAUGUUGGAGUACGACCAGGAUGCGUGCCGUCAAAGAGCCGAGAGGCAGCAGCGUUUGUUUGAAGAGCAGCUCAAAGUAGCUGUGGAGAGACAGCGAGAGCGUGGGGAGGAUAUGCGUAUGCGAACAGAGGAAAACCUGCAGCGUUGGCACGAGAGAGCUGCCCAGAGGUUGCUGGAAUGCGCAGAGGACGAACGGAUGUCAAGAGAGGAACGACAGCAAAGAUAUGUGGCGGCGUUGCGAGACGCCGAUGCGAAGUUAUCGAGGAUCCUAGAGGAAUUGCUACUGGAGCGAGAGGAGGCGCAUGAGCGUUACACGAUGCCACAAAAAACCGGAGAAUUUGUACUGAAACAAUUGGAGGAGGAUGCGCAAAGACGAAGAGACUCGCAUCUGGCAAUACAGCCUGCAAUGGACAAUUGCUUACAAGGGUUCAAUGAGCACCUGGCACAGGUGGACGAAAUCUAUGACGCUUGCUUCGCGCAGUUCCAGAAGGAUGUUGGCGCGCAGCCAGACAUGGGCCGGUCCCCGAGGUCUGUGGUGGCUGCAGAGCUUCGCAGGGACGGUGAGGCACUGGGUGUGGAUAUUGGAAAAGAGAUGAGAAGCGAGGAGGUUCCGCCAGACAAAAGUGAGCAAGAAACAGGUGAGAAGGCACCUGACGAGCCAAAGACAUGUGAGGUUCCAAAGAGAAAACGAAGAAAAGGAAUGGAGGAGAAAGAUAGGGAUGAGGAACCCCCGAAAGCGUUGGCGAAGACAAAGGGCGCGAGCACGGCCAAGGCAGCCCCAAAAGCCUUAGUGAAGAAGGCGGCCGCGAAGAAGGCCAAGGCAGGGCGACGGGAGCUGGAGAAACGUGGAAGACUUGGGGCUUGUUGCUCGACUCUGCUCUGCAUUCGAGACCUAGGUCAAAUCUUGGCCAGGUUCCACUCCAGUGCAGUUGCGGUGCCACAACUGACACCGCAACGUGGGGCAGAUUCCGUUAUUUCAUACAGGGAGAAGAACGUGUUCCCGAGGGAGGAAAGUGUGCCUUAUGUGCUAACUCAGCACGGCGCACGAAGAGGAAAGACCAAAAGUGAAAAGAAAGUGACGGCAAAGAAAGCCGAUGUCAUUGAUUUGGAUAUGGACAAUGAUGCAGAGGACGUGAAGAUGACAAGGAGCGUGCUUCGUUGCAGGGACAAUCUCAUAAAGCAGAGAGAAAUGCACGAGGAGUCGUGCAUGCGUAGCGAGGAAAAAAUGCAACGUUGGGUGGAGAAUCAAAUGCAAGUUGAAAGAGAGCUUGAUGAGGCGAUGCGUAUGGACAUAUCUGAAAGACAGCAGCGUUGGAUGGAGGGCGCAGCUCUUCAGCAACGUCAAUGCAAGGAGGAGAUGAAUGCGGAACAUGCGUACUGGCAGCAAUGCUAUGAUGAGCAGAUUCGCGCGAUGCGUGACCAUGUGCGAGAGAGCGAGGAGGAGGUGAGUAUGGAAAGGGCAGAAAAGUAUCAACGCUGCGCGGAAAUAAUGAGGAGAGUCGCAGAAAGACAACUGGAGCUGAAGGACGUCGACCAGAUGAGAUGGCAGCAUGUGCAGAAAAUGAAAGAAAGUUGGCAGGUGUUCAAGGAACACCUCGAAGAGGCUUUCCUGGCUAAGUUGAAAGAGGACGGUCUAUCACGAAGGAGGGUCGCGUGGCCGGGCAAAGGGGGGGCUCUGAAGGUCCCAGAGACGCCCGCCUUAAACAUCGAAAUCACUGCGGAGAAGCUGCAGGAGGCAAUUGCGACUCUUCAAACGCUCAAGACUAAAAGCCCACGGGAGGAUGUCCGAGUCACUCUGGAGACGAACCUCCCUGCUAUUGUGGCGGUGCUUGCCGAGGCAAAGGGGCCGGUCAGAAGGAUCACACCCCAUGAAGAGGAUCACACACAACCGAAGAUACCCGCCCACAUCAUUGAGCAGGUGGCAUAUGAAUGGGCGAUGACGCAAAGUUCACGUGAAGAGGCCAUGAAGGCGACCUUGGAGGACACAGCGGGGGAUUGGGCAAUCCGUCUAGGUGUUGAGAGAGGUUUCUUACGAACAGAGAUGUCUGAUGUCCAACGGUGCCUGGCGGUCGUGACAAAUGAUCGUGCCUUUGGAAAGCUGUUUCGGCUAGGAAGACGCCGAAAAGAAAUCGCCAGGAUCUUGGAGAUUGUGCAGAAGAUUUGUCAAAGGCAUGGCAGAAGAUCCUCGUCAGGUGGGAAAAAAGCGCUGCAGGAAAAAAAUGGGCACAGGAGAUGCAAAACAAAGCAAAGAGUCCAUCGACUAGGACAAACGCCGCGAAGGGCGAGAAGACGAGCGCAAAGAAACGACCUCUAGUCGUGGAUGUCGACUGAAGCAGUCAAGUCUUGCUAUGAGCACAACCUGGUGCCACAGAUCGAGGAGGGGUCAGCAGCGAUCCCGUGUUCAAGGACGGCUGGAAAAUGAUUGUGGAAAAUGGCUGUAAGCCCAACUUGUCAUUGAGCAGGGAUGUGAGUCCAAGGUUAGUUCCUCAGUCCGUACCCGGACCCAAACAUACCCGAGCCAGAUCGCGUUAUUGCCGAC